CUUUGAGAUUUGUCCUGGAUGCUUUUUUUUUCGUUUCCUCCCUUCUUGCUCUUUUUUUUUAAAAAAUGGUUUAGCAGCCAGAGGUGCUGUGUUAAAUUCUUGGAAGGGGCCCGGAUGUACUGAGGAUGCAUUGCAAUUUCACUAAAGGAAGCAGUAGUGGAAAGGAUCAGUUUUUGGUGUUUGAUGCAAUAAUGGGAAUCAGGUAAUAAUAAAAGGGGAAAUACUGCAGCUCCAUUCUUCCUUGAAUUUUACCAAGCCGAUAUUUGGAGGGAUUAAUCUGGACUCAUUUUAAAUGGUCAAUGAAAACAAGAGGAUGUACAUCCCAGAAGAAAACCAUCAAGGUUCCAACUAUGGGAGUCCCCGUCCAGCUCAUGCCAACAUGAAUGCCAAUGCAGCUGCAGGGCUUGCCCCAGAGCAUAUCCCUACUCCAGGGGCAGCUCUAUCCUGGCAGGCUGCUAUUGAUGCUGCCAGGCAGGCCAAAUUGAUGGGUAGUGCUGGCAAUGCAACAAUAUCCACAGCGAGCUCCACGCAGAGGAAACGACAGCAGUAUGGGAAACAGAAAAAACAGGGUACAACCACAGCUACACGUCCUCCCCGGGCAUUGCUGUGUUUAACGCUGAAAAAUCCCAUCCGGAGGGCAUGCAUCAGCAUCGUCGAAUGGAAACCAUUUGAAAUAAUUAUUUUACUGACUAUUUUUGCCAAUUGUGUGGCCUUAGCUAUCUAUAUCCCCUUUCCAGAAGAUGAUUCCAAUGCCACCAAUUCCAAUCUGGAACGAGUGGAAUAUCUCUUUCUCAUAAUUUUUACAGUGGAAGCAUUUUUAAAAGUAAUAGCAUAUGGACUUCUCUUUCACCCGAAUGCUUACCUCCGCAAUGGCUGGAAUUUACUAGAUUUUAUAAUUGUGGUAGUAGGGCUUUUUAGUGCAAUUUUAGAACAAGCAACCAAAGCAGAUGGGGUGAAUUCAAUAGGAGGGAAAGGUGCCGGAUUUGAUGUUAAAGCACUGCGGGCAUUCCGAGUGUUACGCCCCUUACGAUUGGUAUCCGGAGUUCCUAGUCUCCAAGUGGUUUUAAAUUCCAUUAUCAAGGCUAUGGUCCCCUUGCUGCACAUUGCUCUGCUGGUGCUGUUUGUCAUAAUUAUCUAUGCCAUCAUUGGACUGGAGCUAUUCAUGGGGAAGAUGCACAAGACCUGCUACUUCCUGCAAGGUGGAUUACUAGCGGAAGAGGACCCCUCUCCUUGUGCCCCUCAAUCAGCGCAUGGACGGCAGUGUCAGAAUGGCACUGAGUGUAAACCAGGAUGGGAGGGGCCCAAGCAUGGCAUUACCAAUUUCGACAACUUUGCCUUUGCCAUGUUAACUGUGUUUCAGUGCAUCACUAUGGAGGGCUGGACAGAUGUACUGUACUGGAUGCAGGACGCUAUGGGCUAUGAGUUACCAUGGGUGUAUUUUGUCAGUCUGGUCAUCUUUGGAUCCUUUUUCGUUCUAAAUCUGGUUCUUGGUGUGUUGAGCGGGGAGUUUUCCAAAGAAAGAGAGAAGGCAAAGGCUCGGGGUGACUUUCAGAAGUUGCGGGAGAAACAACAACUGGAGGAAGACUUGAAGGGGUACCUGGACUGGAUAACUCAAGCAGAAGACAUCGACCCAGAAAAUGAAGAUGAAGGCAUGGAUGAGGAGAAGCCCCGAAACAGAAGCACUCCUGCUGGCUUGCCUGAUAAGAAGAAAGGGAAGUUUGCUUGGUUUAGUCACUCCACAGAAACCCAUGUGAGCAUGCCUACAAGUGAGACUGAGUCCGUGAACACAGAUAAUGUGGCAGGAGCAGAUAUUGAAGGAGAAAACUGCGGUGCUAGGCUGGCGCAUCGGAUCUCCAAAUCUAAGUUUAGCCGUUACUGGCGCCGGUGGAACAGAUUCUGCAGGAGAAAGUGCCGAGCUGCUGUCAAGUCCAAUAUUUUCUACUGGCUGGUGAUCUUCCUUGUGUUUCUCAACACCCUUACCAUCGCCUCUGAACAUUACAACCAGCCAGACUGGCUUACAGAGGUCCAAGACACUGCCAAUAAGGUGCUGCUAGCUCUUUUCACGGCAGAGAUGCUGCUGAAGAUGUACAGCUUAGGUCUCCAGGCCUACUUUGUAUCUCUCUUCAACCGCUUUGACUGCUUUAUUGUUUGUGGAGGAAUCCUGGAGACCAUCCUAGUGGAGACCAAGAUCAUGUCACCGCUGGGCAUCUCGGUGUUGAGAUGCGUCCGACUCCUGAGAAUUUUUAAAAUCACAAGGUAUUGGAACUCCUUGAGUAACCUAGUGGCUUCGCUGCUGAACUCAGUCCGCUCCAUCGCUUCCCUGUUGCUUCUUCUCUUCCUCUUCAUCAUCAUCUUCUCGCUCCUGGGAAUGCAGCUCUUUGGGGGCAAGUUUAACUUUGAUGAGAUGCAAACCAAGAGGAGCACUUUCGAUAACUUCCCCCAGUCCCUCCUCACAGUGUUUCAGAUCCUGACUGGGGAGGACUGGAAUUCGGUGAUGUAUGAUGGGAUCAUGGCUUAUGGCGGCCCCUCUUUUCCAGGAAUGUUGGUCUGUAUUUACUUCAUCAUCCUCUUCAUCUGCGGAAACUAUAUCCUGCUGAAUGUAUUUUUGGCCAUCGCUGUGGACAAUCUUGCCGAUGCCGAGAGUUUGACAUCUGCUCAGAAAGAAGAGGAAGAGGAAAAAGAAAGGAAAAAACUAGCUAGGACCACUAGUCCUGAAAAGAAACAGGAGAUUGAGAAACCAGCUGUAGAGGAGGAGACAAAGGAGGAGAAAAUUGAGCUGAAAUCUAUCACUGCUGAUGGAGAGUCUCCGCCUACUACCAAGAUCAAUGUGGAUGAUUAUCAGCCCAAUGAAAAUGAAGAGAAGAACCCAUAUCCUACUACAGAAGCUCCAGGAGAGGAAGAGGAGGAGGAGCCUGAAAUGCCUGUCGGCCCUCGGCCACGCCCAAUGUCUGAACUGCACCUCAAAGAGAAGGCUGUGCCCAUGCCGGAUGCCAGUGCUUUUUUCAUCUUCAGCCCUACCAACAGGUUUCGUCUCCACUGCCAUCGAAUCGUUAAUGAUAACAUUUUCACCAACCUGAUCCUCUUUUUCAUCUUGCUCAGCAGCAUCUCCCUGGCAGCUGAGGACCCUGUCAAACACUACGCCUUUAGGAACCAAAUCCUAGGCAAUGCAGACUAUGUCUUCACUAGUAUCUUUACAUUAGAAAUUAUUCUUAAGAUGACUGCAUAUGGAGCUUUCCUCCACAAGGGCUCCUUCUGCAGGAACUACUUCAACAUCCUAGACUUGCUGGUGGUCAGCGUGUCUCUCAUCUCCUUUGGGAUCCAGUCCAGUGCCAUCAAUGUAGUGAAGAUCUUACGUGUCCUGCGAGUGCUCAGACCGCUGAGGGCCAUCAACAGAGCCAAGGGACUAAAGCACGUGGUCCAGUGCGUAUUUGUAGCCAUCAGAACCAUCGGAAACAUUGUGAUUGUCACCACUUUGCUGCAGUUCAUGUUUGCCUGCAUUGGAGUUCAGUUGUUCAAGGGCAAACUCUAUAGCUGCAGUGAUAGCUCCAAGCAAACAGAAGCAGAAUGCAGGGGGCAUUAUAUUUGGUACAAAGAUGGAGAGGUCACCCAGCCAAUGAUCCAGUCCCGCAAUUGGGAGAACAGCAAGUUCAACUUUGACAACGUCUUGACUGCCAUGAUGGCGCUCUUCACUGUUUCAACCUUUGAGGGCUGGCCAGAGCUGCUGUACAAAUCCAUUGAUUCUCACAUGGAGGACGUGGGACCCAUUUAUAACCACAGGGUGGAGAUCUCCAUUUUCUUCAUUAUCUAUAUCAUCAUCAUUGCUUUCUUCAUGAUGAACAUCUUCGUUGGUUUCGUCAUUGUCACAUUUCAGGAACAAGGAGAGCAGGAAUACAAGAACUGUGAGCUGGACAAGAACCAGCGCCAAUGUGUUGAGUAUGCCCUGAAGGCCCGCCCCUUGCGGAGGUACAUCCCUAAGAACCAGUACCAAUACAAAGUGUGGUAUGUGGUGAACUCCACUUAUUUUGAGUACCUGAUGUUCAUUCUCAUCCUGCUGAACACCAUCUGCCUGGCCAUGCAGCACUAUGGUCAGAGCUGUCCCUUCAAACAAGCCAUGAAUAUCCUCAACAUGCUCUUCACGGGUCUCUUCACUGUCGAGAUGAUUCUGAAACUAAUCGCCUUCAAACCCAAGGGUUACUUUAGUGAUCCUUGGAAUGUUUUUGACUUCCUCAUCGUAAUUGGCAGCAUUAUAGACGUCAUUCUCAGUGAAACUAAUCACUAUUUCUGUGAUGCAUGGAAUACAUUUGACGCCUUGAUUGUUGUGGGUAGCAUUGUUGAUAUAGCAAUCACCGAGGUGAACCCAGCUGAACAUACCCAAUGCUCUUCCUCUAUGAAUGCAGAGGAAAACUCGCGCAUCUCAAUCACCUUUUUCCGACUCUUCCGCGUGAUGCGUCUUGUGAAGCUCCUGAGCCGUGGGGAGGGCAUCCGGACGUUGCUUUGGACUUUCAUCAAGUCCUUCCAGGCUCUCCCCUAUGUGGCUCUUUUAAUAGUCAUGCUGUUCUUCAUCUAUGCGGUGAUUGGAAUGCAGGUGUUUGGUAAAAUUGCUCUGAAUGAUACCUCGCAUAUAAACCGCAACAACAACUUUCAGACGUUCCCUCAAGCUGUGCUGCUACUCUUCAGGUGUGCCACUGGUGAAGGCUGGCAGGAAAUCAUGCUUGCGUGUCUGCCAGACAAUAAGUGCGAUCCUGAUUCAGAACCAACCAACUCUCCUGAAGGCGACCAUUCCUGUGGGAGCAACUUUUCCAUCUUUUAUUUCAUCAGCUUCUACAUGCUCUGUGCCUUCUUGAUUAUCAAUCUUUUUGUAGCUGUUAUUAUGGAUAACUUUGACUACUUGACACGGGACUGGUCCAUUCUGGGGCCACAUCACCUUGAUGAGUUUAAAAGGAUCUGGGCAGAGUAUGACCCUGAAGCCAAGGGACGGAUCAAACACCUGGACGUGGUGACGUUGCUCCGGCGGAUUCAGCCUCCGCUGGGCUUUGGGAAGCUCUGUCCUCAUCGAGUGGCUUGCAAACGCCUAGUCUCUAUGAAUAUGCCACUGAACAGUGAUGGGACUGUCAUGUUUAAUGCCACCCUCUUUGCAUUGGUCAGAACAGCACUGAGGAUCAAAACUGAAGGUAACCUGGAGCAAGCCAAUGAGGAGCUACGAGCAAUUAUUAAGAAAAUCUGGAAGCGCACCAGCAUGAAGCUGCUGGAUCAAGUUGUGCCCCCAGCAGGCGAUGACGAGGUGACAGUCGGGAAGUUUUAUGCCACUUUCCUGAUCCAAGAGUAUUUCCGGAAAUUCAAGAAACGUAAAGAACAAGGCCUCGUGGGCAAACCCUCACAGCGGAAUGCUCUCUCCUUGCAGGCCGGGUUGCGCACAUUGCAUGACAUUGGGCCAGAGAUCCGACGGGCAAUCUCCGGAGACCUGACAGCCGAAGAGGAGCUAGACAAGGCCAUGAAAGAAGCUGUUUCUGCUGCCUCUGAAGAUGAUAUCUUCAGGAGGGCUGGUGGCCUGUUUGGAAACCAUGUCAGCUACUACCAAAGUGAUGGCAGGAGCUCAUUCCCCCAGACAUUCACCACCCAGCGCCCUUUGCACAUCAAUAAAUCUGGCAACAACCAGGGAGAUAUGGAGUCCCCAUCACACGAGAAGCUAGUGGAUUCCACCUUCACUCCCAGCAGCUACUCGUCUUCGGGCUCCAACGCCAACAUCAACAAUGCCAACAAUACUGCCUUGUCCCGCUUCCACAGCCCACCCAGAUACCCAAGUACUGUCAGCACAGUGGAGGGGCAUGGCACACCCUUGUCACCCACCAUACGAGUGCAGGAGGCCCCUUGGAAACUCACUUCCAAAAGGACACAUUACUAUGAAACAUUGGGACGCUCCAGUUCCAGAGACAGCCAGCUGGCAAUCGUUUGCCAAGAGGAAGUGUCUCAGGAUGAGACUUACAAUGAGAAUUUGAAUGAAGACAUAGAGUACUGUAGCGAACCAAGCCUGAUCUCUACUGAAAUGCUCUCAUACCAAGAUGAUGAAAACAGACAACUGACUCCACCUGAAAACAACAAAGGGGAGGGCUCCAGGCAGUCUCCAAAGAGGGGGUUUCUUCGCUCCUCGUCACUGGGUCGAAGAGCAUCUUUUCACUUGGAGUGUCUGAAGAGACAGAAGAACCAAGGUGUAGAUGUCUCACAGAAGACAGUUCUGCCACUGCAUCUGGUACACCAUCAGGCACUAGCAGUGGCAGGGCUGAGUCCCCUGCUCCAGAGAAGCCAUUCCCCAACAACGUUCUCCCCCCGGUUGUGUGCCACACCCCCUGCUGGGCCCUGUAGCCGUGGCUGGCCACAGAAGACCGUCCCGACUUUACGGCUUGAUGGAGUGGAGUCCAGUGAGAAACUCAACAGUAGCUUCCCAUCAAUACACUGCAGCUCCUGGUACUCUGACAGUACCAGCUGCAGCAGCCCUCGGAGAGCCAGGCCGGUCUCCCUCACCGUCCCCAGCCAGACUGGAGGGAACAGCAGGCAGUUCCACGGCAGCGCUGGCAGCCUUGUUGAAGCGGUCUUGAUUUCAGAAGGACUGAUGCAGUUUGCGCAAGAUCCAAAGUUCAUUGAGGUCACAACCCAAGAGCUAGCAGAUGCCUGUGACAUGACAAUAGAAGAGAUGGAAAAUGCAGCAGACAACAUACUCAAUGGUAACAGCAAGCAAAGCCCCAAUGGCAACCUCUUGCCUUUUGUUAACUGCAGUGACCCAGGGCAGGACAGUGCAGGAGAGGAAGAGGAAGAGGUGCAGAACCUGGAUUGUAGAAAAAGUCAGGAGGAGCUCCAGGACAGCAGGAUUUAUGUCAGCAGCCUGUAGUUGCCAGGGCUGAAGCGAUGCUGGUUUUUUAUUUGUUUCAAUGUUCCUAAUGGGUUUGUUUCAGAAGUGCCUCACUGUUCUCGUGACCUGGAGUAACCGGAACAGCGUUCUUCAUUCAUUUCUGUUGGGACGAGUCGCAGAGUUGGGUCGUGUAAGAGAGCUUUUCAGGAGCGAAUACAACCCCAGCAUGUGUCCAUGAGGAGGAGGAAGAGGUGGAGGAGGAGAGCCAGCUCCCGCUUGUUCUCAGUCGCUGCACAAGGAACGAUGGCUGCUUCCUGAAUGCAAAAGAGAACCUCAGCUUCCUGUGGAUGGCCCUAGCCAAAAGGACCCUGCAUCAAACGGGUGUCUUUCAACUUUGCUUGUAAAAAUCAUUUUGCACAUAUUCUGUAUGAGCCUCACCGUCUCCAUAAAGCCAAGGCCCUUUUGAUUUGGAAUAGAAUGAUGGACUUCUUCUGCUGUGGAUUCCAGUACCUUGUUGGGGAGGAGGAAGCAGAAGAAGCCUUAGGGGACAUGAGAGGCAAAUGGCAACACUGCAGGAAGGCUUGUUGACAGAAAAUGCAGAGACUCCCAGGCAGUGGUCUCUGCCAACCAAUCAGAGCUCAGGCAGUCACUUCUGCCAACCAAUCAGAGCUCAGGUAGCCAUGUCUGCCAAUCAGUCAGAGCUCAGACAGCCAGCUGUGCCAACCAGUCAGAGGGCAAGUAGCAGGCUCUGUCAAGCAGAGCUGAGGCAACCUGCCCUUUUCUAAGUGAGGUGGUGAUGGGCUUAUGUAGAUCUCUCCUUAUUUUUGCAGUUUGAUAUUUUCUUAAAAGCAUGUUCCAGUUUUCAUUUUGAGUAUUUUUGUUUUGUUUUGGAGGGAGAGGGGAGAAAGGCGUGUUUACAAAGUUUUGUAACCACCUACCCUUUUUGUUUUGUUCUGUCUUCACCUUUGCAAAUGUUAAAUUGGUUUGGUUACAUUGUAUUAUUUAAACUAUUUUUUCUCCAUUGAAAUUCGGUAGAAGCUAUAAUGAUAGAAGAGUUUUAUCAACCAUUAUGUACACCAAGAAUUUGUAAUUUAAUUUGAUAGUAAUUGAAAUCUCCUUUUUUUGGUUGUUGUUUUAUAAUUUAAAGAUAGUAGGCAAUGCACUUGAUAUAGUCUUGCACAUUUGAGUGAUUGAUUUGGAUUUUUUUUAGUGCUAGGUAUUUUUGUGAGUGUGUGUGUGAGCGCGGCACUGAGUGAGCGUGUGUGUGUAUGUGUAUAAGUGCAGACAGUUCUCCACUUCCUGGUUUUACCUUCAGGAGAUCUGUAUCUGGGGCCAUUUGAAUGCAAAAACAAACCACUGUCUCUGCUUUUGAAAGGGGAAUCAGUAACUCUUUGCAUUUUCUGUUCCACAAGAUAUGCAAAAACAAUGCAAUAAUAUUAAUUUUAAAAUACAAUUGUGAGUUGUGUUGGCAUUAAAACUGUAUAGAAACAAAAUUAAGGGGAAAAACAUAACAAAAGUGAGAAGGAGUCAUGCUUCAAUAUAUUCCGUGUGAUGUUUUAUUGCAUUGAUAAUGUUUCUGUUGAAGAAACCGUAAUACUUGAAUUCAGGUCAGUUUCAGUAUUUUUCAAAUAUUUUUUUAAAAUGAAUUGCAAUUGUGCCAAGCGAAUAUAAUGAAUUGAAUUAAGUUUGUUUUAAAAGAUCACUUCUUGUAUAUUUUGCUGCAUGUAAAGUAAAUCAUUUCGUAUUUGGAGUGUGCCAAGCUUUACCUUUGAACUUUUAAGUGCUUUUCUAUGUGUGGUUGGGGAAAUGGGUACUAAAUAUUUUUUUUCAUUUUUUAAUUUGUACAAUGAACAAAGUGUACCUAGUGUAAGUAACUAAUCUGCAAUCCACUGACAGGUUGAACGUUACUGAUUUUGCAUAUCUUGUGUUCACUUUCCUUUUUCCUCACUCCCUUAAACAUGCACAAUUAAUUUCUGAGUAGAGUAUCUUGCUUCCUGAAACCAGGACAUUUUAUCCAGGCUUCAUCCUCUUCCCUGUGCUCAGAUUCUCUCAAUAUUUCUUCUCACUAGGGUGGCUAAAUCCAUAUGCCAAGCUGAUCUGGUAAGAUUUCUAGGAACUCAGCUGGCACCAGCAACUCUGGGGGGAUGGGAUUGUAAUAUGUAAUGUCAUAUUUUUUCACUGAAUCUCUAACUCUUGGUCAUCAAUAAUAGAGUUUUCUGGGGUACAUGACGGGCAAACGCAAGAGGCAGAGUCAUUAUCGAGGGAAAAUAAUCUAGCUCUGCCCUUGACUGAUAUUCCAGUGUAAGUGAGGUGAAGAGUUUUGAGUUGUUACUCAAGAGAAUUGCUCUGGUACUGCUCUCAGCUGGAGACACUGAGGGUUAGUGACGUGAGCCCAUAUUUUGCACUCCAAUGUGCAAUCUCAUCAUUCUCCUCAUACCUGAGUUUAUGGGCCAGGUUCUGGGCCUCAGUCAUACCACUUUAAAUCUGGCAUAACUCCACUGAAGUCAAUGGCACUAUGUCUCCCACCCAUCUCAAUCUUGUUAUGGAAUCUGAACUUCCUCUUGUUCCUCCGCCUGGCACUUGUCUCUUACUAGUGACAAACCAGAAGAAAAAUAUGUAGAUCUUAUUGCAAUUUGCCGGGUUUUCCUUGGAAAUGGAGUCUUCAUUUGAAAUCACUUGAAACUGCAUCAUUUGGAAUCUUGACUGUCUCUGUCUAAACAAGUUUUGCUCCAUUUUCCAGAUGGAUCCCAGAGUUGCAGAUCAGUACUGAAUAAAGAAGAAUGAUCUGACUCAGGAAAAUCAGAACCAGACUUUCAUCCAAAACUUGCUUAUUCUGAGAUCUGAAAAUGUUUAGUUUAUGUAUAUUAUUUAUAUUUUCAUGCACCUCUGGACUUUCCUGGUUUUGAAUGGGGCCUAAAGGAGAAAUAGCAAAGGGGUAUUUUGGGUGGUAUUGUAUUUAUUCCCAGUGGUAUUAUCAAGUGGCCAGCAGCAUUUCAAUAUGUCCUGGAUAUCUUACAUGGAAAAGCCUCUUCUCAAGAGAUUUUUAUUGAACCAAAGAAGCUUGCAUCAGUUUAGCUACACAUGGGGGAUGGGGGGUGUCAAAGUCUUGAAAUCCAAGACUUACCUAGGCAAAAUUAUGCAUAGACAUCAAUCAGCCAAGUGCUGAGCAUUGUUACUUGUUCUUUACUGAGACAAACUCUCCUGGAGUUUUGCCUAUGAGGAGCGUGACCAGACAGCAAGUGUGAAAAAUCAGGACAGGGGUGAAGAGGUAAUAGGAGCCUAUACAAGAAAAAGAUCUACAAAUCAGGACUGUCCCUAUAAAAUCUGGACAUCUGGUCACCCUAACUAGACUUGCAUAUGGAUUCAGGAUUUUAUUUCUGAAUACUUAUCUGAAACCUUAUGAAGGUUCUCCAUUUUUAGGUUCUCCACCUCCUAUGCACUGGACCUCCAUGAUGCAUAGGUCCAGUGCUAUUGAAAAUGAAAUAGUCCCACUCCUAGUCACCUAUUUCUGAGAGGGAGUCAGGUGGCAGAGUCUCCCUAACUCAUUCUCUUUUACUGAAUAGUUCAUUUGAUGCACAUUUAGUGGUCACAUUUGUUGGUGUUCAUCAUCUCUGAAAAACAAGCUACUAAUCUGUAGUCAUCUUUACUGAAGUCAGUGGGAGCUCUGGAUGCUCAGCAGGUGCUCAUUUCCUCUUAGGAUUUGGCCUCAGGCUAGAAGAUGAAGGUUACAUCAUCUACUUCCUUCUGUGAAAACUGCUAUUCUCUCAGUGAUCACCCCCUGCAGAGGGCUGGAGAAACCCCAUCUCUCUACUGAACAGUCUUCUAUCACCUACUUAUUUAAAUCCUUGUGCAGAGAGGACAAUGCAGAUGAAGAUAUUUAUAAUUGGGGAGUGGUACAAAAGUCAGAACUUGCUGAUGCCAGCUGUGCUAAUUUCACUCUCUUUGGAAGAUGGCAAUUCAUUUAGGUAGUUUCUGACAUACAGAUUGCAAUAGGCCUGAGCAAAGAGCUACUGCCUCCUUCAAGUGGGGCAGGGUCUGGGCCAUGGUGGGGAGGAGAGGGCAAGUUUAGUUCCCUGGAGUGUCUUUCCUUUCCCUGUGUAUUGGAGCAAGUGUCAGGUACAAUCAUUGCACUGUGGAUGGAAACAUUGAAGAAGUGAAUGAUUGAGGAGUUUUGUGUAAGGAAAAAGAAAGGAGGAAAUAGUCUUGUCUUCAUCAUUUGAGUGUGGUUGAUCUGCAGCUUGCUAACAGUACACUGCAGACUAAAGACAUUUCUUACAAAAUAACAAACCUUCUCUCUUAUCACCCCUGGUCAUUACUCCAGGCAGCACCAGGCCAGUCACACUGGAUGCAUUUCUUUUUUCUUCCUUAUUCUGUGUGGCUGCCAUAAUGGAAAAAGUGGGACUGAUGAUUCAGAGCUGGAGUUUCCUUAUCCACAGACCUUUUCUGCAUCAUCUGCCUCUUCAGCUGGAUGUAUGAAUGAUGAUGAUGUAGAUGCUGCUGCUACUGUGAGGGGUUCAACCUUCAACCCAGUC